AUCACAUCGAAACAGAUCCCGCCCUCAAACCACAAGUGAGUCCUGUUGCUGUCAAGAGUUCCACCAAAGCGUUAAUGCUGAAUUGCAUUUGAAGUACAAGAAUAAAACACCAUGACGACCAGUCAGACCAUGCAAGCGGCGCGAUGCCCAACCGACGAGCUGUCACUCACCAACUGUGCCGUCGUGAGCGAGAAGGGACCGCCGUUUGAACCACAUGUGACCGUGAGAACCAUGCCCACCCACAAGUAUGUGUUCACAGUGAAGACCCACCACAGUGUGGAACCUGGGACCAUAGCCUUCAGUCUUCCCCAGAGGAAAUGGGCCGGGCUCUCCCUUGGUCAGAAUGUAGAAGUCACCAACUACAAAUUUGACAAGUCCAAGCAGUGCGUGGGCACAAUGACGGUGGAGAUCGACUUCCUGCAGAAGAAGAACGUGGACAGCAACCCCUACGACUCAGACAAGAUGGCCGCCGAGUUCAUUCAGCAUUUCAACAGCCAGGCCUUCACUGCAGGCCAGCAGUUGGUGUUUAGUUUCUGUGACAAGCUGUUUGGUUUAGUUAUCAAAGACAUCGAGGCCAUGGACACCAGCAUCCUCAAAGGAGAGCAGUCCUCCGGCAAGAAGCAGAAGAUUGAGAUUGGUCUGUUGCUGGGCAACAGUCAGGUGAUGUUUGAGAAAUCCGAGAGCUCAUCUCUUACCCUGGUUGGGAAGGCCAAGACGAGAGAGUCCCGCCAGUCCAUCAUCAACCCAGACUGGAACUUUGAGAGGAUGGGCAUAGGUGGUCUGGACAAGGAGUUCUCCGACAUCUUCCGUCGCGCCUUCGCCUCCCGAGUCUUCCCUCCUGAUAUAGUGGAGCAGAUGGGGUGUAAGCAUGUGAAGGGCAUCCUGCUGUUCGGGCCCCCUGGCUGUGGGAAGACCCUGAUGGCCCGGCAGAUCGGGAAGAUGCUCAACGCCCGAGAGCCCAAGAUCGUCAACGGCCCCGAGAUCCUCAACAAGUACGUGGGCGAGUCGGAGGCCAACAUCAGGAAGCUGUUCGCCGACGCAGAGGAGGAGCAGAAGAGGCUGGGGGCCAACAGCGGGCUGCACAUCAUCAUCUUCGAUGAGAUCGACGCCAUCUGUAAGCAGCGUGGCAGCAUGGCGGGCAGCACCGGCGUGCACGACACUGUGGUCAACCAGCUGCUGUCCAAGAUCGACGGGGUGGAGCAACUCAACAACAUCCUGGUCAUAGGAAUGACCAACAGGCCUGACCUGAUUGACGAGGCCUUGUUGAGACCUGGAAGAUUAGAAGUCAAAAUGGAGAUUGGGCUGCCCGAUGAGAAGGGCCGUGUCCAGAUCCUCAACAUCCACACGGCCAAGAUGCGUCAGUUCAACCUGCUGGGCAGCGACGUGGACGUGAAGGAGCUCGCCGUCGAGACCAAGAACUUCAGCGGCGCCGAGCUGGAGGGCCUGGUCAGGGCCGCGCAGUCCUCCGCCAUGAACAGGCACAUCAAGGCCAGUGCCACGGUUGAGGUGGACUUGGAGAAGGCUGAGAAGCUUCAGGUUCACAGACAUGACUUCCUGGCCUCCCUCAUCAACGACAUCAAACCUGCGUUUGGCACUAAUUCGGAGGACUACGUCAGCUACAUCAUGAACGGCAUCAUUAAGUGGGGUGAGCCCGUGUCCCAGGUGAUGGAGGACGGGGAGCUGCUGGUGCAGCAGACCAAGAACAGCGACCGUACGCCCCUGGUGUCAGUGCUGCUGGAGGGUAGGACACACACACACACACACCCCUGGUGUCAGUGCUGCUGGAGGGUAGGACACACACACACCCCCCUGGUGUCAGUGCUGCUGGAGGGUAGGACACACACACACACAGAAGGAGCAGUAGAGCUGAUGAUCAGGCGUGUUCUCCCAGGUCCUCCUAACAGUGGGAAGACGGCCCUGGCUGCCAAGAUCUCCGAGGACUCCCAGUUCCCCUUCAUCAAGAUCUGCUCUCCAGACAAGAUGAUCGGACACUCCGAGAUAGCCAAGUGCCAGGCCAUUAAGAAGAUAUUCGAUGAUGCCUACAAGUCCCAGCUGAGCUGUGUGGUGGUGGACGAUAUCGAGCGCUUGUUAGACUACGUCCCCAUUGGCCCACGCUUCUCCAACCUAGUCCUGCAAGCCCUGCUUGUGCUCCUCAAGAAGACCCCUCCCAAGGGUCGGAAGCUGUUGAUCAUCGGCACCACCAGCAGGAAGGAUGUCCUUCAGGAGAUGGAGAUGCUGGACGCCUUCAGCACCACCAUCCACAUCCCCAACAUCUCUAGAGGAGAGCAGCUGGUGGAGGCCCUGGAGUUGCUGGGCAGUUUCCAGGAGAAGGAGCGGGCAGCCAUUGCCAAGGAAGUGAAAGGCAAGAAGCUGUGGAUCGGGAUCAAGAAGCUGCUAAUGCUCAUAGAGAUGGCUGUACAGAUGAACCCCCAGUACAGGGUUACCAAGUUCCUGUCUCUACUGAAAGACGAAGGAGCGUUGGGCUCCGACAAGAUCCUCAGCUUCUAAGAGCGUCCCGUCCGCUGCUUGGCCCCGCAGACACAGCCUGCCGUGGUAAGAGCCAGCUGGGAUCUCUCCAGCACUCAGGAAGCACGGUGCACACUGGAGCUGGAGACGCACGGCUUGUAGACAGAUGGCUUCCCUCCUUCCAGACCAUCCAAGCUCAGCCUCGGUUCCUGUCUGUGCUCACCUCUUCUUGUCUGUCUUUUCCCUCAGUGGUUGGGGAGCGGAUGCCCUGUAGCAGAGAGAGAGAGAGAGAGAGAGAGAGAGAGAGAGAGAGAGAGAGAGAGAGAGAGAGAAAGAAGGAUAUUCCAUCUCUCGCUCUCUUCUUCCAUCCAUCCCCAAAGCGCUCCACGUUUCCUCUGUAGUGAGCGUUUCCGUAGCCGCUCCCCGGCCAGCCUCCUCCUCCUCAACACUAUGUGGAUGUGUGUGUAAAUUAUGUGAGAAGAACUAAGCACUGUAUGUGGCCUCCUUGUAUGAUUGUAAUGUAUUGUAAAGGAUCUGGGCUACUGCUAGCGCUCAGUAAGUAUUGUAUUGAGGAUGUAUAGCAGCGUAAAGCCAAGUUCAUGCACACUUUCCCAGGUGGAUUUGAAAACGAUGGAAGUCUGUGCACGCGUGUAUUUGAUGACCUGUUUGUGUGUGUUUAUAUAUUGUUCACAGAUGUAUGAUCAUUCCAUGAAGCGACGGCCCCAAGCCUUCCACCUCAACCUCAUUACAUUACUUAGUUCUUAUCUUUUGGGUUUUAUGAUGAUAAAUUAAUCAUGUUGCUAAUAUGGGUAGAUUAUUCGAUUCUAAAUAGUAAUCAGUUGAUUGACCAAUUUCAUUUUAGAAACGGGGGGGGGGGGGGGGUUGAUGUUACUGUUGAAUAUUUUUGUACUGUAUGGUUUCCUUUGAAGGAUAUCUGGAUGUUUCUGUUGUGCCUUUUCCCAUCUGAUCUGUCAGAGGGCUGCAGGACAGUGUCUUACUGGGCACUGUGGCCAUUUCCAUGGCUCCUACCUUUGCUCCUGGAGUUACCCCUAGGAAGAAGUGUCUCUGAUAUUUGGUGCAGGGGGGUGGAGGCAGGUGCUGAAGCGAGCAUGUCGUUACUGAAGAGAGAUGGUCUGGUUUGGGGAUGACUCAAGAUGAGGAUCUGAACCCCUUCCAGUAGAACAGGGACAUCAUCCAGCCCAGCAUCACCGUCGUCUUCUGUGCGUGCAUGCUGAGCACUGCCACUCCUUACGUAUUUUUGUAUGUGAUGUGUGCAAACCAACGCUCGCGUCAAUGUAUGGAACUGAGGCUGUGCGUUAUACCAGCUACCUUAUUUAAACAUGUCUUGCGGUGACUGUUUGUAUCUCAGAUCUUUUUGUUCCUAAGGUCCUGGAUACUGUAGGGAACAUUUCGUGUUGGAUUGUGUCGUUGCAAUACAAAAUGGAAAUGUUGGAAAAACAAGG